AUGAGAUGGCGAUCAGUUUCGCUUCUCGCUGCAGCAGCAGUUCUGCGUGCGCUACUGCUCCUUACAACGUUGACGUUGGCGCUACUGCCUGGUACUGUCGACGCUCGUGCUAUACUAAACGAUGACCAUGUGGUGCAUACAGCGCUCGGGUCUAUACGAGGAGUACCUCAGAACUUUCAAGGCGAACGGGUCUCGGCGUUUUUAGGAGUACCAUAUGCUCGUCCACCUGUGGGUGUUCGACGAUUUUCCAGGCCUGAAAUGGUACUACCUUGGAGCGGUUAG